AUGUAUGCCUGUAUUGAGUGUGGCACAAAGUCGGAGCAUCUGUUUAUGAAGAGCUCGACAACACAGCAGAUUUGUAAAUGUGGGUCAUGUGGGAAAAGAAUGGACAGGUACUUUGAGGUAAACAACUUGAUCAAGCUAAUUGAUCUUCUGCUGCUCAAAAGACGAGUUUUUAGACACUAUCUGUUUAACAACACAAGUAUGCUUGAGAACAAUGGAGUUCAUUGCUUGGCUAUGCUUGGUUUAUUGAUGGUCAAAUCUGUUAUGAUGUCUAUCACUGAGGAUGGUGAGAUACCAAGAUUUUUGUGUGCAGCAGACUGGCAUGAGAAGCUAUUCAUGGCAAAGGAAGUGAUGAAAGCUUGCAAAAUAAUGAUUGCAGAGUUUGUUGAGCUUGUGAUGCUAAUUGGAAUGCUGAUGUGUCUGUUUGGCAAGCAUACCGGAUUUGUGACGUUGUCGAAGGCAGUAGUAUUCUCAAGCUUCUACUGCUUGUUUGUCCUUGUUAUGGUGAUGUGGAAUUAUAAGCCUCGGGAGUACCUGAUUGUGAUAGACUUUAUAUGCAUGAUCUGUAACUCAAUUGUGAUAUCUGAAGUGGUGGGAUUGAAUAAUGAAACUGCUAUCGCGAGUUUUUGCUGCUGUCGAUUUGCAUCGAAAAUUAUUUGCAAAGCAUUGUAUAAAGUUAUUAUAUAA